UUGUCACUUGGUCCAAAUGCUAAUGUUCGCUUCCUCUGUGCGGCUACGAACUUGUAAACAGUGGAUCUCCGUGGCCGCUCUGGCACAAUGCCUAAGAAGAAGAAAUACGGACACGGCGCAGGAGAGAGCGGCAGCGCUCAUGAGAAUCUCGGGCCGAACGGAUCCUCCGCGGGAGCGCGCGAUCUCUCGGGACCUGCUGGGUCUGGGUCGAGCGUGCAGGACCCGGACGAGAUCGUGAGGAGCAUGCACGACAUGUUCUCCCAUUUGGACCCUGACGUCAUUUACAUAGUGCUCUCCGAGGCAGAUUUUAAAGUGGAAAACGCCAUGGAUGCUCUUCUAGAGUUGUCAGGUGCUGCCGAGGGGAAGACCACGGCCUCUCGUUCACUUUCAGGGUUUGAAAUGGCUGCCGCACUGCUGGAACGACAUCCAUCUCACACUAGUUCCUCGGCAGCAAGUUCAGGCGUUUCAGCAGCGUCCAGUUAUGAAGGAUCACAUCAGGAGCUCACCCCUGAGAUAACUUGCCUAACUGAAGAGUAUGAUUGUCUAAUUGACCAGGAGCUGGAAUCUUUAACAACACUCAAUCCUCUACCAUCAUCUACAACGAUUUCUACCUUACCUCUAUCUUCUAAGUCAGUUCCCCUUUCCUCUGGUGCUCCACGGAGCCCCCUUCUAGCUCAAGAAGCUUUAAUGGAUCUGGAUCAGAUAGUUGUGGACAAUGACUCCAAAUUAGGCUCUUUAAGUGAGCAGAGUUCCAACUCCAAUAACAAGACUGGUGGUGCUCAAAGAAAUACUUCACCAAUCAAUGAGCUUAGUUUGGGGGGUGUAUCCAUGCCCCAGAAAAGUGGAAUCGCUCUUGAUUUCAGUCACUUGACACAUGGUUCCAUCUGUGCUGCUCCAAGACCUUCAGCAUUCAAGGCCUACCGCAGAUCUGACCAGUUUCCAAAGCAGACGUCUGCACCAGGCUCACACUCCCAAAGUCUGCACACGUUAUGGAAUGUUCAAGCGCCUGAUUUCAAUCCCCGCAUAAAUGGACCAUCUUUUAUCACACCUGUUGUGCAAGGCCCUAACCCCUGGACAACGAAUCCCACUUCCAUGAGUCAAUGGGUGCAUUCCAGGCCUGUUGCUCAAGCUCCCCUGAAGCCCUCGGCUACUGUUCCCAAGUCCUGGAUAGUUUCUCCUCAAGGUCGACUUAAAUUGGAGGGCCAGGUGCUGGUUCUGCUCAGAGGGGCUCCAGGAUCAGGCAAAAGUACACUUGCCAGUGCAUUGUUGCAACAAAACCCGGGUGGUGUAGUCUUAAGUACUGAUGAGUACUUUACCCAUGACGGGGUGUACCGUUAUGAACCCACCGUACUUGGAGAGGCCCAUGCGUGGAACCAUCAGAGAGCAAAGGAAGCCUUUGAGAAAAAUCUUACCCCUAUAAUUAUAGACAACACCAAUCUACAGUCCUGGGAGAUGAAGCCCUAUGUUGCAUUGGCACAGAAGCACAAAUACAGAGUGCUGUUCAGAGAGCCCAACACCUGGUGGAAAACCAAACCCAGAGAGCUGGAAAAACGUACUAAACAUGGAGUAACGAAGGAAAAGAUUCGGCGCAUGCUGGAGAACCAAGAUCGUCAUGUAUCAGUCCAGGGAAUAAUGGCUUCACAGCCCAUAUCCACAGCCAUCUAUGGGGUGGACGUGUGCCACACACACCCAACAGAACAGCCUUCAGUAAGCCGCCCUGACUUGGUGGGUGACUCUCGGAUUGGUAAACCUGGUAGCUAUCUCUCUUCUUCCCUGCCAGAUGUUUCAUCAGUCGAUUAUAAAUUUAGUUCUACUUCAGCAAACGUGGGUGCAGCAGAAAGCAUGUUUGGAUCCCAUGGUUCUAAGGAAUGUCUGUCCUCCCAAGAAAAUGUUACAGAACUGAUUGAAGCUCCAGAUGCUGAGCUGUUAGAUGGAGCUGACUUAGACUGGGAACUGGAUGCCUGUAUGGCAGUUUCUGGACAGAAUGACUGCAACAUAAAUAAAGAUCUUGGCCUGUUUGAAGCAAAGAACUUGGAACAGCCAGUGAUGUUUGCAGAGUCGAUUGGCCAGCGGGUAAAGAGAACAAGGGAGCAGAACAGAACUCCAGAUGUGGAGGCUAGCUCUCUAAACUGUGACUUUGGUGAUUCUGUAGAGAAAUCAAGUCAGAGUGAUCCUGUGGGUGAUUAUACUGGGGAUGAUCUUAGUUUGAAUACAGAACAGCUCGAAUUUGUGGGUGAUUGGCCCUCUGAUAGCCUUGAACAACGUCGGCAACGGAGUCGAAAGUCAGCAUCUGAAACAGUGAAAAAUAGUAAAAAACAUGAGGAAAUGUUAAAUGUUGAGGAAGAGACAACCAAGAAUGACAGUAAAUGUUCAAAACAUUUUAAUUCAGACACCCCAAGUAAGACAGAGUUCCAGAAGCUUCUAGAUCUUCUCCAGGGAGACAAUAACCAACUUAAUCAAGAAACAACUCAGGACUUCCAACCCUUAAGUAUGGACGGGCAUCACUCAAGUUUGGUGACUAAAGUGCAGCCAGUUCUCCCUGACUGUGUCCUUGAUUUUAAUUCUGAACGAUCCCGUAAUCCAGGUUAUGUUAACGCUCGUUCUCCAAGUUCCAUCAAUGACCUUCGAGGCAAUCAAGAUGAGUUUUUCAUUAGGGAUACAAAAGAGGAAUGUAUAGAUGUACAUACUCCAGUAAAUGGUGGAAAGAGUCUGGAGAUUGAUUUGGAGCAAAAAGAUAAACCAAACCCUAAAACUUGCUUGUCAGGAAGUGAGGUGGAGUAUAGUUCUGAAUCCAGCCAGGAAAAAAGGAAAUUUUCCAGUCGGAGAGCGGGAAAAACCUGCAAACUGGCACUUACAUUCACGCAACAAAGCCCUUCAUCGUGUCCUCAUGCUGGGUCUCCAGUUAACUCACGGCCGCAACCAGUGCAGAAUCCUUCACCAGAACUGCUUUUCACAACGUGCCACAGUGCCUUUGCCCAAACAGAACCUCAGGACUUUGCCCUCUUAUGGCGAAUUGACCAGCAAAAAUCUUUUGCAUCAGAGUCCGACGGCUGUACCAGGCAAAUGGUCGUUAUGAAGGGAAACGCAUUGCGCUUUGUUCCAAAAAUAAAUAAAGAGAAUUCCUCUGAGCAGCAAGUGAUACCAUACCGUGUUUGUCAUGAAAAAGGCUCACAGGUAGAGGAGAACGACUUGAGAGAAUUACCCCUCAAACAGCACAAUCUGAAAAUACUUAGCCGCUAUUUUAAACAUGUUCCCAAGGAGACUCUGGAGGACUUGUAUGAAAAGUGUCACCAGGAUAUGGAGUGGACGACCAACUUGCUGCUUGAUUCAGGUGAAAAUCUUUGCAGGGAUGAUGAGGAAAAUGUUUUAGUUCAAGCUGCAGAGGGUUGUGAUCUAGUUCACAGUGCUCAGAAAGAAUCAGUGACGAGGGAAUUGUUUGAGCCAAAAAUGAACUGCACAAGAGACACAGUAUUAGAAGAGCCUGUCAGUGAUUGGGAAAACCUUGCUGUUAUGGUAUCAAGUAGCACCAGCUCGACUAUGAGCAUUGUUGAUGGAGAACCUGAGAGUGGUAAUGACCAGAACAUCAAACAUUUAGAGCAUCAACCUGAAGAAGCAGAUCAAAGGGAAACACUUGAGUGUGUGUCUGAACCUUCCUCUGUAAUACACCCCAAUGAACCUGUUGGAGAGAAUAAAUCUGUAAAGGACACCGUACAGCCAGAGUUGGAAUGUGAAGUCUUGCAAACUGAGGAAUUUGAAGAUUAUCUAGAUGAAGGACUUAAGGAUGAAGCUGAAGGUGGCACAGCGACAGAAGAGGAUGUAAAUUAUAUAACACUGGCACAGCUUAAAGAGAUGGAGCACAAACAGGAGGAACAAAGAAAGGAACAAGAGAAAGAGAGAAGGGGUCAGCGGAAAAACGGGACAAUGAACAUUCAGACACUGGAGCUGAAACUAACCACAGAGCUUGCCCUGCAGCUCACUGAGUUGUUUGGGCCUGUAGGGAUCUCCGCAGGUGAAUUCUCUCCAGAAAACUGCUCAGUGAUGAUGGACCUUAACUUGGCCAAACUCCUGCAUCAGAAAUGGAAAGAAACUAUCCAGGAGAAGCACAGACAAGCCGCUCUCACGUAUCAUCUACUGCAAGAGAGUUCCGUACACUGGGGCGAUUCACAGCCAGCCGAGGCUGAGCUGUUGGGCGAGGCUGCUCAGUUUCUGAUCGGUGCAGAUGGAUAUUCAUCACUCGGUUACCAGUCCGCUGUCCAAGAAGGCUUUCCAUUCAUGGACCACUGGAACGUGUCCCGCCCUCCAGUUUCUCUCAGGGACAUCAUGCUGGAAGAGCAGGUGUUACAGGAAAGUUUAGAGAAGUCCAGGUUAAGUCGCUGGGAUCUGGACAAGAAAGAUGGAGCGGCCAUAUUGAAGGAGAAUCAGCUCUUUGCUCUCUUCCCCACUAUUGACCGGCACUUUCUUAAGGACAUCUUCAGGGACCACAAUUACUCCCUGGAGCAGACUGAACAGUUUCUACACACCCUGUUGGACGAUGAACCUGUGAGAACUGUAAUAGCAUCUGAAUCUGCCCCGGACAAUAAUGAAAAGGGUAGAACACCUAGCAAAGAGAGGAAGCAGAAGAAUGAGUUAGAUGUGGCACAGUUCCAAGACAUAGAAGAUCCAGAAUACAUAGACUUCCGUACAGAAGCCAUGCUUCAGAGACAACGGCAGCAGGAGUGUUUUAAUAAAGCUGCCGAAGCCUACAGACAAGGGCGCAAGGACAUCGCCAGCUUCUACGCCCAACAGGGUCACUUACACGGGCAGAAGAUGAAGGAGGCGAACCAUCGUGCAGCCGUGCAAAUAUUUGAACGUGUUAACUCUACACUUCUGCCUCAGAACGUUCUGGAUCUGCAUGGACUGCAUGUCAACGAGGCCCUGCAUCACUUGCAACAGAUUCUCACUAAGAAAACAGUGGAAUGGCAGCAGGGCUUGUGUCGUCCCCAGCUGUCAGUCAUUACCGG